AUGAGUUCGAUCAUAACAGCAGUGUUUGAAGUUACCGUCGGGUUGCUCGUGAGUAAAGGAAGAGAUAAAGCAGCAGAAAGGCUUCAAAGAGGUGAUGUGACAGAUCAGAAAUUCCGAGGUUUCAUUGUCCGUGAAAUCGAAGAUGUCAAGUCGAAGUUGGAUGGCUUAGCGAGGAAAGACUUGUUUGCAAGCAUCAGCUUUUUCGAGGAAGGGAUCGAGCUACUUUGCGAUGUUUUUGAAAACACUAGGUUGACGAGUGCGUACGACCCAGAAGCAGCACAAGUUGCAAUUGGACCAGAUAGUUCUGAAAUAUUUUCAGUCACUAGAGCAAUGAGGAAGCUGAGGUUUACUGGUCUAAAUGAAGCAACUACGAGCAUGCUUAACGAUGCUAAAAAGAGAUUCGAACGUGCUCGUGAAAGAGGAACUGAAGCCUUUGUAAACGAAGCGUUGGAAUUGUCUGAACGUGUGCUAGCUAUGAGGUAUAGGAUAAUGUCGACAAUACUAGAAACUGUAGACAAUCCUGCAAAUGCGUUACCGGCUUGUAAAUUGUGCGUUGAAGACCUACACCGUGUGUCAGGUGUUAAAGAUUGCUUUACUGUGGAGCUUAAGAGAGGACUCCGGGCUCGAUGGGGUAAAAAGGAGCGUAGAAAACUCAUUUCCGAUGUAUGUCAUAUCAAUCGCACCGUCUACGAUGUCACUCUAAUGGUCCGUUUUGGCUUCAAGGGUGAGCUGUCAGUAAACUGGCCUUCUGUUGAUAUUGGAGAAGAAAGAGUUAAUCCGCUCCGAAAUGAAAGAGUUUCUAAAAUAUUGAAGAAACAUAGCAUGGAGCAUUGCUGCGUUCCGUGGUCAUUUGGUCAGGAGGGUGAAGUCGAGCACAAGCUAUCGAAUGCCUGUGGUAUCGCAACAAAUACCAAGGGAUAUUUUCUUAUAGCAGACAAUGGAGACAAGUCCGUGAAGGUGUUUAACAGAAACGGAAAGUUUCAGUUGAGAUUCACUCCCCAAACUGAUGACGUCCAAACAAAGUUACAAGUUUACGAUGUGGCAAAUGAAGACGUAGACGACAACAUUUACUUGUUGGUCGGACUGAAGAAGCCUGGGGCUGAGGAAUGGGAAAGUGAAGUGCAGAUUUUUAAUACAAACGGCGACUUGCAGCACAAGUUU